AUGUCCGUAUCCGCGUGCCCAGUAAAAGGCCCCGCAGUAGCGCAACUGCAACCCAGUCAGCAUCGAUCGAGUUUCCUACGAGUUCAGUCGGCGAAUUUGGGCUCGAAAGGAUUCACAUUGAAUUCCAGCCAACUGCCUCUCUCGGUUCAUAACGAACAUUCGCAUAACAGCACCCCGGUGUAUUCGCACUACCGGAAACAAAAUCCCACUAUUGUAGACGCCUAUUCACUGGCACCAUCAGCUCACCUGAAAUCCUCAUCUUUGUCUUCCAGUAGUCCCAACGGUUCCGUAGUAAAUAACGAAGCAACUCAACUCGUGUUUCAGUCCACCAACAUUGGUGUCAGUGAUCAGGUAUCCGAGAACAUUCCUCACAAUUCCUCAUAUCGUACAAUGGACUAUUCGACUUUGCCAAUCCCAUUCAAUGCGACCCAGAGCUACAUGACUCGUGAGCAUGCCCAUGACUUGAAAUCAGCAAGUUCAACUCUAACCUAUCAUGAAACCCGUCCUGAUUCGGACUAUAUGCACGUGGAUUUCAAUCCGAUUGUGGAGUCGUUGAAUUUUGCCAGCGCAGGUACUUCAACCUACGAACCCGGGCCGAACAGUUCUUUCACAACCUGGACCACAAACAACGCGUCCAUGGACGUAGUAGAAGGUGGACUGAAAUGUCGUCUGGAUUUUCGGAGUCAACUACUUGGCAACGGAAAUUCUAUCUCACGUCUGUCGGAUGAUUUUCGUUCAUCAGAACAACUUUACGGGGCCAACAACACACGACGUCCGUCGCCACAAGCAUUUGGUACCAAUCCACGUGGCCUCAGUGAACUAGAUCAUUUUCAUGUGACGGGAUCUCGAAUGGAUUCUGGACAACACUGUGUAACACAAUUUGAUAUGAACGGUUAUCCGAAUGUGGACACGAGAAACCAACAGACAGUGGGCAAAGCGACAACCGUAUCCAAUGUUCUGGUUGGUACCACUGGAUCCGGAAUGACAACCGCGGUGUGUCGUGCAAAUACAACACCCAUGAUUUCUCCACGUUCGUCAGUUCCGUGUCAGCCAACAUCCACACAAACUCUGAUGGUCUCUGCCAAUGAGAAUUCCAUGUUGAAUUCGGCCAUUAUGACUCCGGACUCAUCAACAACUGGGUUUGCCUUAAAUAAAUUUACCGGUUCCUCGGACGACGGGGAAGUCUCACCCGCUCCGACAACUAGUAGCGGUCGACCACAAACACCCGGACGUCUUCGUAAGGCAGCGCCCACCCUGGCAACUGGGAGACGAAAUUUGAAAGGUGAAAUGGUCGAUCCGGAUGAGGCGGAUCGCAGGAUGAAAAGACGUGAACGAAACCGAAGAUCUGCACAGAAAUGUCGCGAAAGAAAGGUUCAGCGGACGCAGGAACUGCAAGCUCAAGUGGAAUAUUUACAGAUGGAAAUCAAUCGUCUUACUCAAGAACGGGACAGUUUGCGCAGCGAAGCUCGUCAGUUCGUUACCUUACUUCAACUUCAUUGUCCCGGUGUGGCAAUUCCCUAUAUGUCCUGUUUGAAUGAUAAUCCCGAUACAGUGGAGAAUAAUACAAUGGAGUUGAGGACACCCAAUGCAAUGAAAAAUACCAUUAACUUAAGACAACCGCCUACGCCCAGCAACUGGAAGUCGAAAUCUAAUGGAAAAACCGGUCCUACAGUGGACGUCUCACAAGGCACGACAGUUUCAUCAGCAAACGAUUCGUUUUCACCACUACCUACUAUGAUUUCUUUGCAUUCACACGUGUCUCCGACGCGGUCUAAAACCGUUUUGAGUUUUGGAUCUUCUUCAUCAUCGUCAUCAGGAUCAACCGCCGAUCGAACGGAUGGAACUGAGCGUUUAAAUCCCACGGCUACGAUCACAGCGUUGCCGUCCGGUGCUGAGGCCGGGUACCGCGUUACCGUGGACAGCAAUGUGACUCCGAUUAUCAGAUGCACUUCGAACGCGUCUGUUCAGGGGCCUGCAUCCUCAUCCUCAUCUUCAUCAUGUUCCGCGUAUGAGCUCUCUUUUGCCAAUCUGGAAACGUCGAUACGCACUCCGUUGCUUAGCGCUCCUUACGAUGAGCAGUCUGGUCGAGACUCGAAUCGUUGCUCUAAUUCAGAUCAGUCAAACACAUUCCAAAUGCCCCAAUCCACAGCCAGUUCAUCCACGACACCGGUUGCGAUCACAGAAAAUGUGGAAUCGGCAAGAGUCAAAUGCGAAGAAUGGGAUCCUUGUUUCAUGGAACCGGUCAACUCGAUACAACCGGAUAAAGUCGAUUCUCUUUCACCAAUCAGUCCAUGCUCACAAAGUGACAAAAUCUUAUUUGCAAACCCCAUGGAAACGGAUAUUACUACAGGUCACUGCGGUCCACGACGGGAUGGAUCCAAUACACCGAACGGGUCCGGACCGGACGGGGUUCGCUACUAG